GUCCUCGUCGCCCGCCCGCUUCCCUCUGUCCCGACCCAGGAGCAUCGUCGCAGCCCGCCUUUGAUCGCAGCCAUCUGCAUAUACCUUCUCUUGCCACAGCCAUGUCUGCCCUGAGCCACGCUGCCAAGCGCAUCCGCCUUGCCCCCCGCGCUUCGCUCUUCAGCGCCAUCCGCCACAAGACCGACCUCUCGGCCGUCAAGAGCAUUGGCAUCAUCGGCGCCGGCCAGAUGGGUGUCGGCAUCGCCCAGGUCGCCAUCAACGUUGCCAAAAAGGACGUGCUUAUCCUGGACUCCAACCCCGCCCAGAUCGAGAGGGGCCUCAAGUUCAUUGAUAUUCUGCUGCAGAAGGAUGUGCUCAAGGGCAAGAUCACCGAGGAGGAGAUGAAGGUCGCCAAGAGCCGGAUCUCGGUUACUUCGAACAUUGACCAGUUCCGCAGCGUUGAUUUUGCCAUUGAGGCCGUCAGCGAGAACCCCACUUUGAAGCGUGAGCUCUUUGCCAACCUGGACAAGAUCCUCCCCAAGCACGCCAUCCUCGCCUCCAACACCUCGUCAGUUCCCAUCACCAAGAUCGCUGCUGCCACCUCGCGCCCCGAGAGCGUCAUUGGCAUGCACUUUAUGAACCCAGUCCCCGUCAUGAAGCUUGUCGAGAUCAUCCCCGGCAUCGCCACCUCGAAGGAGACCCAGGACGUGACUGUGGCCCUUGCUCACCUCAUGGGCAAGACCACCACCGUCUCGCAGGAUAUGCCUGGCUUCAUCGCCAACCGUAUCUUGAUGCCCUACAUCAACGAAGCCUGCUUUGUGUUGCAAGAGGGAAUCGCCACCCGCGAGGACAUCGACACCACCAUGAAGCUGGGUACCAACGUUCCCAUGGGCCCUCUCACCCUUGCCGACUUUAUCGGCCUCGAUACAUGUCUUGCGAUCAUGCGCGUCCUCCACGCCCAGCUUGGCGAGGACAAGUACAGACCCUCACCUCUUCUCGUCAAGAUGGUUGAUGCUGGAUGGCUUGGCAAGAAGGCUGGCCGCGGCUUCUACGAGUACCCCAGCAAGUAAGCAGAUAUGUGUUGCGGCCAUGGACAUCACCGACUGAGCCACUCCCGUCUGCACGCUUGCAACCACCAUGUGCCGCCUGGGCACCCGAGCGACCCAAUACAAUAUGUCGAUAUCGCGAUACUUGCA